GCAGAGACAAACAGAUCUCUAUGAGUUCGAGGCCAGCCUGGUCUACAGUGGGCUGGCAGGAAUGGGGAGCAGUUGAGGACUGCCCCCUCCUCCUCGUCUCCAGCAUCCACGUACCAGUUUACAAAGCGGGAAGGAUGGACAGUGGGGGCGACCUCACAGCUACUAGUAGAAGUGUUGGUCAAGGCUAUCUAUGACUUGUAUCUGGGCUCUACCCCUGUGAUCCUGUGUGGCCAGUGUGCACACACCCAUUUUAUAGGCAGGAAACCAAAUCUCGGAUUAUCAUGGCCUGUCAGAGUCAAGAGUCAGCCCUGUGUCUUCCCACAUCCUGUGUGCUAACAGCGCUGGUGGUUUACUCUGUGAACUUGGAGAAAAAGGAGAAUGCCGCUGCCCACCACACGUCGGAGUUCCAGACCCAGAAGCUGGUGCUCAGACGCGGACAGAUUUUCAACUUGAAGGUGGUGCUAAACAGACCUCUUCAACCUCAGGACGAACUGAAGCUGGUAUUUUCUACUGGAGAGAGAAUGUCGCACUUCGUGGAGCUUGAUCCAAUGACAUCCUUCCGUUCUAAGGGCUGGCAGGUGAAAAUUACCAAACAGUCUGGCGGCGAGGUCACACUGGCUGUCAUCAGCGCCGCCGACGCCAUGGUGGGGAAGUAUUACCUGAAGGUGAAUGAGAGUAAAUGUGGAAUAUUCUUCCUUCUCUUCAAUCCAUGGUGUGCAGAUGAUAGUGUUUACAUGCCUAGUGAGGAAGAGCGGGCAGAGUACAUCCUUAAUGAUACGGGCUAUAUUUACAUGGGUUUCGCCAAACAAAUCAAAGAGAAGCCCUGGACCUUUGGUCAGUUUGAGAAGCACAUCCUGAAAUGCUGCUUCUCCCUGCUGACCCAUCUGGAGCCCAGUGAACUGCAGAGCCCGGUGAUUGUGUCCAGGACCAUCUGCACCAUGAUGUGUGCCGUGAAUAACGGUGUGCUGGUGGGGAACUGGUCGGGAGACUACAGCAAAGGCACCGCCCCCUACGUGUGGACCAGCAGCGUGCCCAUCCUGCAGCAGCACUUCAUCACCAAGGAGCCUGUGUGCUUUGGCCAGUGCUGGGUUUUCUCUGGGAUCCUGACCACAGCACUGAGAGCAGUGGGCAUCCCGGCUCGCAGCGUGACUAACUUUGAGUCAGCCCAUGAUACGGGGAAGAACCUCAUAGUAGACAUCUACCUGGAUGAAUCGGGCAAGACAAUUACACAUCUCACCAAAGACUCUGUCUGGAAUUUCCACGUGUGGACAGAUGCCUGGAUGAAAAGACAGGAUCUACCCCAGGGCCAUGAUGGCUGGCAGGUCCUGGAUGCUACACCACAGGAGAUCAGCGAGGGAGGCUUCCGCACCGGGCCUUCUCCACUGAGCGCCAUCCGCCUGGGGAAGGUUGAAAUCCAGUACGACACCAAGUUUGUCUUCACUGAGGUCAACGGUGACAAGUUCAUCUGGCUGGUGAAGCAGAACCAAGGCAGGGAGAAGAACGUCCUUAUCGCCGUGGAGACUGCGAGCAUCGGCAAGAACAUCAGCACCAAGAUGGUGGGCGAGAACAAGCGCGAAGAUAUCACCUUGCAGUACAAGUUCCCGGAAGGCUCCCCAGAGGAGAGGAAGGCCAUGGAAAAGGCCGCCGGUAAGCACCCGGAUGAGGACAAACCCGGCCGUCGGCCAGUGAACAGCAUGCUUCAGAUCCAUGUCCUCCAGAAUUCUGUGGAGCUAGGCUAUCCUGUCACUUUGACCCUAGUGUUGAAAAGGAAAACGGCCACACCACAGAAUGUCAACAUUUCGUGCUCCCUCGACCUACAGACAUAUACAGGCAGCCAGAAGACAAACCUAGGAAUCAUCCAGAGGACGGUGCAGAUCCAAGGUCAAGAGUCAGAGGUGGUUCUCAGCAUGGACGCCAACUCCUACAUCUACAAACUGGGCAUGGUUGACGAUGAGGUGGUCAUCAAAGGGUUCAUCAUCACAGAAAUAGUGGAGACUGGCGACAAGGUGGCUACCGACACGACCCUGUCGUUCCUGUACCCCGCCUUCUCUGUUGAGAUGCCGGACACAGGCAAGGUCAACUGGCCACUUCUCAUCACCUGCACCUUCAAGAACACCCUGCCCAUCCCUCUGACUAACAUCAGGUUCUCCGUGGAAAGCCUGGCCCUCUCGAACAUGCAGUCCUGGGAUCAAGGGACAGUGCCACCUGGACAGUCCAUCACUUUCCAAAUGAAGUGCACCCCAGUGAAAAGUGGACCCAAGAAAUUUAUUGUCAAGUUUACUUCCAGACAAGUGAAGGAGGUUCAUGCCGAGAAGAUCAUUCUCAUCACCAAGUAGCCCAGCUGAGACCAUGGAGAUGGAGGCAAGAGCCCUGAUUGGCUCUGAGCCUCUGCUAAGCAUGUUACCAUUUCCUAAAUUGUAUUUAGUGUUCAGGUCAGGGAUGAUUGGAUUUAAUUACUCAGAGGAGGGCAGAUUCAAGAGCCAGCCCAGCAAAAGACAGAGCUCAAGGGCCAGUGUAAUCUCAGGCAGUAGCUCCAUGGGACCAGGGCUCCUCUCUGCAGCUUUGAGUAUACAUCACAGACAUCUUAAACACACAUUGAGGAGUCACGGCCUCAGAAGACAGCAACUGUCAUCUGGGUUUAGACCCAUAGACAGAACCCAGAGCUGCUAUUCAGUGCAGCUGAAGUGCUGGAGGCAUCUUCCAUUUGGGCAUCGGAUUCUGUCAGGUCCAGGGGUGCCUAGAGGUGAGCUAAGACCCCUACAGGAAAGCAUCCUGGAGCUGGUCCUGGCUCUACAUGCUCAUCCCAAGGCUCUGUCCUCUCAGAAGCAGGCCCACGCUGGCGUGAGGCCCUCUUGCCUCUGGGUGGGACAGGGGAGGAGACCCCACAGCCUGUAUCCCCUCCAAGGAGGAGUCUAUGGCCACUGGUAACAUCUGCUCUGCUCACUGGAGUCUGAGUUCUGCUCUGCCCUCGAGGGAUCUUCUCGAUGAUCACUAUGCUUUGAAUUAAACUGCUGACUUUAAGAUGGCUGUGUCCUCCUGAGUGAAUUUUCCUGUUAUGUCAGCAUGCUGCUUAACAAACCUGGGGGAGCCAUUGCCUCUGAACUUCACGUUGAUCUCCUUGGUCUGGGCUGUCUUCAUGAUGGCCAGCCUCGGUCAAGGGCUACAACUUCUAAGUGGACAUAUACUCCAGAGAGGCGCAGUAGACCGAAUGAGGGGUAUUUGUGUAUUCCGAGGACACUUUGUCUGAUAAAACACUGACCAAAUGCAACCUGGGGAGGAGAGAGCUGAUGCCAUCUAACUUCGGGUAGCGCUCAGUUUCUGAGGGCACUCAGGGCAGGAGCCUGGAGGCCAGAGCAGUGCUGCUUACUGGCUUGCUCCUCAAGGUUUGCCCAUCUCUUGUCUCAUACGAUCAGGACCACCAGCCCAGGGGUGGUGUAGUGAAUUCUAGUUGGUCUUAAUAAUAAAAACCCAGGGUCAGAUAUGGGGGUAUAUGUUGAAAGAUCAGAGAGACAAAGGAGCAAGCCAGAGACAGCCACGUCAUGCCCAGCCAGGUCCUCAGCCUGAAAGGGGCUGAGCAUCUCUCUCUAAGCAGCCAUAUCACUUCCUGUUUCCUCCGCCCUGGUGCUGGGAGUAAAGUCGUGUGCCUCCACUGCCCGGUCUCUAUGGUUAACUAGCGGCUGGUUCGGCAUUCUCAUCUCCAGGCAAGCUUUAUUUGUUAGAGCACAAACAAAAUUAUCACCAGAGUGGCAGCACCCACAACGGGCCAGGUCCUCCUACAUCAGUCAUCAAUCAAGAAAAUAUAUUACAUACUUGCUUACAGGUUAUGUUUUUUUGAGAGGGUUUCUCUGUUUAACAGUCCUAGCUGUCCUGGAGCUCGCUUUGUAGACCAAACUGGUCUCGGUCUCACUGAGAUCACCCUGUCUCUUCCUCCCAAGUGCUGGGAUGAGGAAAAAAAAAAAAACCACGCAUCACCACCG